GCUAACCUUGUUGUGACAUAGAGACGAGGCGGUAGAAUUUAGAAUUUGGAGCAGGGGUGGGUACUGGUCUUUACAGUUAACCCAAAAUAGAUUAGCCACGCCGUAUGCGUGUAGUUUCUUUUUUAGCCUGUAAAUUGAACUAAGUCAGUUAUAUGCCAAGCAGUUCCUGUAAAAAACAACAUGGCUAAGAGGCCAGAAUUUAGUCACAUGGGUACGUCUAGCUGAAUUUUGAAGAGAUAAAUAUAUGGCAAUAAAUACAGAUUUUUAUUACUAAAUUACAAGAAGAUCUCUCGCUGUCAGGUCUCUAACUAUAAAAGGUACGGUGGAACCUUUCGCCCUUCCCCAUCCUUUCCACUCCUCCAGCCCCGCAGGGUCCCUCCCAAGAGGUACUUGGUUUGUAUGACUGUCCCUGGAACCAUUUCUGGAAUCUGGUCAUCCCCAAAGGCCCUUCCCAAAGCGACUCAUCAAUGUGGGUUUAUCUGUUGCUGUCUCUGGGAAGAAAAGGGAAGAGGGGCAUCCCUUUGCCCUACUGUGUGAGGAGUGACCAGUUACUUCCUUAUCCUCCCUGGAUAGGACAACUGGCUCAAUGACCUGUAAAGGCCAUUUCAGCACUUCCAUUCUGUUUGUCUCCAAGGCUUCACCUUAGGUAAGAACUUUUCGCUCUCAUUCACCUCUCAGGGGGCUCUGACUUUUUACAGCUGAAGGUCCAUCUUAUCUGAGAUGGACAGUAUUACCUAGCAGCAUGCAUACUCUAGCAACAUGAACGACAUCAAGAGCAACAGAGAACUGUAUCGGCAAUACACAGCCUUGGCCCCCAGGCUGCUGGCCCGCAUCUCCAAACUGCUCAUCAUUUGCCGGAAUGCAGGCAUUUCUGUACCUAAGGGCAUCAGGAACAUCUUUGAGUUCACUUGGGAGGAACUCACUGCCGACCCCAUGGUACCUACUGCAUCUGACAUCCUGGGCCUGGAGAUCAGCAUUGGAUCCCCACCUGUGGUGCUUAUGGAGUCAACCUCCAUGCAGGCCCCUGUCCAGAAGAAGGCACCCCCACCAGUACUACCACCUCCGUCACUGCCCACACCCACUGGGCCCGCCAGCUUCACCCGCUCUCCCACCCAUGGCCAUCUGGUGCACUCUAGCCGGGAAAUCCUGCAGAAAUUCCAGCGGCGGUCCAUCCACCUGCUGACAGAGCUGCUCACCCUGAAGAUGAAGGCCAUGGUGGAGUCUGUAUCUGUAGGUGCCAAUCCUCUGGACAUCACAAGACGCUUCGUGGAGGCCAGCCUGCUCCUCCACGUCAAUGCCAAGGAGAUGGCUCUUGACUACCUGAUCAGCACAAUUGGAAAAAGUAGCUAUGGUGCCGGACAGACAGGGAAAGAUUCCUCUGUGAGUACUCCAACCAUGGGUGUGAACUCACCUUACCAGCUUGUCUACGAGUCAUCUACUGGCUGUCUGAGCUUUUCCCUCUCAACUGGAAGGGAAGUCAAGAAAAAAACAGCCACAGGCAGAUCAAAAAACUUCGAAGACAUAAGCAUGUCACCCCUCCAACGAGGACUCGGAAACUCUGCCUCUAACAGUAUGGAGUUCAGCGACCCCUGCCCUGAGGCCCGAGAGAAGCUGCAGGAGAUGUGUCGCCUUAUAGAAGCUGAAAGGGCCUCGUGGAAAGGGAGGAAUUUCUCCUACCCCAUGAUCUUUCGCAACUACAGGGCAAAGAUGCCCUCUCAUCUAAUGUCAGCCCCGAAAGGGGACGUUCAGACCCCUCACCCUCCAGGUGCUCAGACUUCCACUCCCACCCCUCACCAGCCUCCUGCCCACCAACAGCCUCACUUCAGCCAACAUUCUCAGGAGUCUAAGACAUCCAAGAAGGUCAUCAAGUUGCAUUACACCUUCUGUGAUGGGUCCUCCUUCGUGUACUAUCCUUCUGGAAAUAUUGCCAUGUGUCAGAUCCCCACGUGCUGCAGAGGGAGAACCAUCACCUGCCUCUUUAAUGACACACCCAGCUUCUCCUUUCUGGCUCUGUUCAAUGCUGAAGGCCAGGGCUGUGUUCACUACAACCUGAAGGCCCGUUGCCCAUUUGUCUUGGUCUUGGAUGAGGAAGGUGGGACCACCAAUGACUACAAGGGCUACGUAGUCCACAAGUGGAGCUGGACUUCCAAGACAGAGACUUUGCUCUCCCUGGAAUAUCAGGUGAAUGAACAAAUUAAGCUGACGGUUCUGAGCCAGGACUCCAUCAUAGUCACCUUCACCUCCCUAAAUGAGACAAUAACACUCUCUGUUUCAGCCAACAAUUGUCCUCAUGGAGUAGCGCAGGAUAAACGGCUGCUGACCCGCAUGGACGACAAGAUGUCUAAGAUGAGCCGAGCCCUAGUGGGGAUCAAGAAGCGGUUUCAAAAGACAGUGUCACAGUUUAUGAAUUCUGUCUUGUUGGCAGCAGGCCUAUUCACCAUAGAAUACCCGGUUAAGGAAGAGGCACAAAGCAAUCGAACCAAGGUAAAAUCGGGUACCUAUGUCGAGCGAGGCCCCAAGCCAAGUUUAUACUCAGGAGAAGUCCUUUUAUUACGAUCUCGGUCAGCCCGACCUGAAUCCUCAGUUGGAGAGUCUUCGAGGGAAGAGCAUGGGUCCGUUUCCGUGAGCCCCACUCGGAGGAAGACCAUCAAGACCCAAGCCAAAGCCAUGAUCACAUCCAGGGGGAAGGCCCAAGAGGUGCGCAGCCCCACCAGGUGGGCAGCCUCGCCCUUUGACUGCCCGCUGGUGCUGCGGAAGCUCAUUCGCAAAGAAGACAUUAGGGCUGGCUGCAAGUGCCUGGUGAAGGCACCCCUGGUAACCGAUGUGGAGCUGGAGCGCUUUCUGUCUGCGCCCCGCGACCCCAGCCAGGUACUGGUGUUCGGGAUAGUCUCAAGCCAGAACCCCACCAGUACCGCACAGCUCCAGUGGAUGCUGGACAUACUCUACAGCCACCGGCAGCAGGGCCGUGCCUCACCCUGCAUCCAGUGCCGGCAUGACCCCUACCGCCUGCUACGGUAUGACCUGGACAGCGCCCUGCAGAAGAACCCACCCCUGCUGGUGAAGAAGUAUGCUGUGGUGCAGGGGAUGGUUCUGAUGUUUGCUGGGGGAAAACUCCUUUUUGGAGGCUGCAUUUUGAAUGGAUAUGGCUAUAGCAGGCAGAAUCUGCUGAAACAGAUCUUCCAGGCUCGGCAAGACUGCAAGAUGGGCUACUUCCUGCCAGACAACUACAAAUUUAGCAUUUCAACCUACAUCCCGGGCCUGGAAGACCCUGACUCAGUCAAGAAAACAAUACCAGAAGACAUCCAAGGAAGCUUCUCCUCUCUGACCAUGGCGGACCAGAUGGAGGAGUCCUCCCCUGAAGCUGAGAAAAUGAAACAGCCUGAAGUGUUUCUGCAUACUCUCAGCAAAGCCAAGAGAGGCAGUAAGAAGUCGGCCAUCUGGAAAAAACAGCCCUCCAAGAAAUGAUGCUGCCCCCACAGCUACCCAGAGCUCCAAGCCUGGACACAGCUCCUCUCACAUCCACCCCAGUCCUGCCUCCCAAGCCUCCCACCCCCUUUCUCUAAGCCCCUGCAUAAUAAAUAAGCGUGCCUCCAGCAUCUGGGUGAGGCCGUGGGAUAGGCUGGCUCCUACGAGGCCCCCCACAGACCUGUUCCAA